CUUGUCUGCUCACGGGAGAUCAGGUGGAUAAUCACGUGAUUAUGGCGUGGUUACCCGGCGACCAGUGACGUAACCCAAACAAACCAAAAUCUUCCGCAACUUCAAAUCAUCAAUCGAUCAUCAAACCAUCGACGGACAGAAAAACGCGGCCCCAUGGCAAGUCAACAAUCAGUAUCAUCGGCAUCUGAAAGGUCAGCCAUGAGCCAAUCAACAACGAUACUAGUAGUCAGCCCGCCGCUGUCCCUCAAGCCUCCUUGCCAACCCUUCAGCAACAGCGCGCCGACCGUGCCUCUCGUCUUCUUCCUCCACCCCGGCUACAAGGAUAACCACAAUAUCCUCCUUACACUUCCCGCUUUCGACUCUGGCGGUAUUCAUCACGCAACCGCGCACAUCUCCUGCGCCAUCCUCGCCAAUGGCCGUUGGGAUGGCUUCCUUUCGUUGAGCCGAGACGGCCCCAGAUUAUCCGCCCACCCUGAUGAUGUGCUUCCACACGGACGGUAUUAUUUCUGUAUAGAGGGCGAGGAGCAAUACCCAGUCGUACCCACUUUCGAUGAAUUUCUCUGUCCUGCCUCUCUCCCGCCGUCGUACUCCUCCGCCCCGAUCCUCCCAACCUCGGCCGACGACGCUAUUCGCCGCGAUGUGACAUGCCGAAUCACCGCGUCGGCUCUCCCCAACGAGACAGCGCAUAUCAUACCCGCUGCGCAGAGCGACUGGUGGCAACAGAACUGCAUGUUCUUGUACACGGCCAACCCAGGGCGAGGCCAAGAUACCCGAUGCGCCGACAAUACAAUCUUGUUGCGUCGUGACCUGCACAAGAUGUGGGACGAUCACAGGUUUGCCAUUGUGCCCAAAGCAGGGAAGUGGGUAGUCCACGCGCUGUGGAACUUCGCCUCCGUCGAAAUACAGGAGCGGUAUCACAAUCUGGAGUUGCAGCCCUUGGCCGGUGUCUCGCCAUACUUUUUUCUGUGUCGUUUUGCGAUGGCUGUGUUUUCCAAGAGUCCGUUUCUAGGUCAAAGGGUGCCGAGGAAGCUGGUUAUUGUGGAUAACGAGGGCUCCGCCGGCUCGCAAGUUCGCAACAUGGCCGCGGAUGAGUAUCAACGAAGAUUCUUCAAGACAGGCAACAGGACCGAUAGUGGAAGUCGGAGUCCUACGAAGAGGCAAAGGUCUGUGCAAGAAGAGAUGGUUGAUGACGGGUACACGACUGAGGAGUCAGAGGAUACUUCUGGAACCGGCUGUCAGCAGGAGGAGGAGGAAGAAGAAGAAAGGGGUAGACCUCGGAAACGGAAAUUUUCUCCUGAACUUGAUGAUGCCGUCCUCGAUGAGUAUCUGAAUGGUGGGGAUGCAGUCGUCCUAGAUACCCAUGGGCGCCAGAGUCUACAUCGGAAGCGGCAACGAUCUUUGGCUAGCCUUGCUCGAUUGCGGACGCCUCCGAAGUCGACAAGUCCGGUUGGAUAAGAGACAACCAAUAAUUCUUUCGAUUGGCCAAUAUGACUAACAUUGUGAAAAUCUGACAUGGUUGUGUAGACUUUUUUUCUUGGAAUUGUUGCUGUCUAGCGGCUUUGAGCGCGGAUAUCUAGUUUCAAUCGAGUCGAGCAUGUUUCCUCGGUUCUUGGUCGUCAUGCCAACUGGAAGCUCUUCUCUGUGUUUCGUCGACAACUUGGGUGGUCAACCAGAAUCCCGACUCUUCCACGAUCCCCUUCGAGUCCUCCUGAGCCGUGCUCAAGUUCGAACUAUGCCAACUAUUUUGGCAUGAUCGAGGGAGCUGAUGUUCUGUUGCCAUUCAGUCCUCUUUACUCGGGUACUCUUGCUUCUCCUUGACCGUAGCAAGCUCAUGGAAGUGUCUCGG